UUCUUCAUCACUUGCUCUUGAAAAUUGUCUCUCCCCAAAAGGUCAAAUCCUCACUUUAUUCCACUUCCCCUUUCAUGGGUUUGUCUUUAAAGUCUUUCACUUUGAUCAUCAGAUUGAAUUUUUCAUCAAGAUCGUUCUUUUCUUUGCUCAGCAAUUGAAAGUUGUUGUCUUUUUGCUAUGGAGGAAUUAGGGUUCUACAGUGUAUGAAUUGGGAUGAUGAAGAUGAAGAUGAUGAUCAUCCACCUGAGGAGUUGAAGAGAGAGCCUAGUGUUGUGAUUAGGCCCGGUCCUGAAGCGGUUUCAAAGGAAGCUGAAUUGGCUGCAGGAUGGCCAGCUUGGUUAGUCUCAGUGGCUGGUGAGGCACUUGUGAAUUGGACUCCACGACGUGCUAGUACCUUUGAGAAAUUGGAGAAAAUUGGCCAAGAGCCUCAGGUUAAAUGCUGUAUCUUAGGUGAAUUAUACUCCGGGAAACCGAUCCUGGCUGGAAAAACCGAGGUAGAGCAACUGCAUAAAAUCUUCAAGCUAUGUGAUCCUGAUCAGAGAGGCUCUGCAGCUAGAGCUCUUGAGAGCGAGUAUUUCAGAACAGAGCCGUUUGCUUGUGAUCCAUCUUCUCUACCAAAAUAUCCUCCCAGCAAAGAGAUUGAUGCUAAAAUCCGUGAUGAUGCGAAAAGGCAACGACCCACCCAGGAGAAGAAUGAGAGACAAGACUCCCAAACAAGACGAUCACACGAAAGAAAACUUAUCCCGCCGGUAAAAGCUAAUAAUCCAUCAUUUUCAACAGCUGUGGAGAAUCCUUAUCUAAGAAGCUGUGUUCCGGGUAAUUCACAAAGACAAAUGCAGAAUACAAAGGACAUGACCUGUAACAAUCCAACGAGCGGAAGAGUCUCUCACUCGGGUCCGAUGAUGAAAAACCGUAAUCUCAGUCGGUUAACAUACGUGAAGGACAAUGCAGCCCCUAGAAUACCUUCAUACAGAGCUAACUCAGCAGGACAAGGAGGUGGUUAUGUUGGCUCAGAUCAACAAAUCAUGGAUCAGCAAAGGAAGGAAUUGAGAACAUUCAACAGAGCUGACACUAUGGAUAAUAGUAAAAGGCAAAUCAAAAUCCCAAAUGACCCAUCUUGGUAUGAUUCAGGGGAUAACAAAAUGUAUAUGUCCGGUCCAUUACUGGCUCAGCCAAGAAAAGUAGAUCAAAUGCUGGAAGAACACGACCGACAGCUCCAAGAUUACACCAGACAGAAAGCAAAACAAUGCAGAACCUAAGAAUGAUUUUGCUGGGAAUCUUUAUCAGAGGACAAAAACAGAGAACCAUUCAAGUCUUGUUGUAUCAAGAAGAGUCUUAUCUGGUUCCUAGAUUUUGAAAAAUUUGUUUGUAUUAUAGAGAUUAAAUAUUGUUGGCUUAUAAAAAGCUAAGCUCUGUGAUUAUAAUAGAUUGAUGUGUAUAAC